AGUGGAAAAAGGGUUAUAAGUUAUGCGAGUAGUGACAGAGGCGAGGAGAGAGGACUCGGAGGAGAGGAGAAAGAGAGUCAGUCAGGACCUGCGAUGCGACGGUGGCUGAAAGUUGAAUGAGUCGCUGAUUCUUGAAUCCAUUCCUGCCUUAUCGUUACUUGUCUUCGCCUUCCACUUUCACCCCAUCCCCCACCCCUUGUGAAUAAUCAAUCCACCACUCAAAUCUUGCGCCGGCCAAGUCCUUCCCUUCCCUCUUCGAAAACGCAUUUCCAUUUUCUCUCCUCGGGACAACUGAAUCAAUUGAGGGAAUUAGAAUAAUAAUAGCCAAGAGAAGAGAUGAAAAGUGUCCCUGCUCUUGCUUCCCUACGCUUCUUAUUUUUCUGCCUUUUCUCCCUUGUAUUAAUUCCAGGUACUGCAAUGUCGAUCAUGUCUAUUUCAAAAUUGGAGAAGUAAAAGUUGAUGAGCUCGGGAACUUUGUGUGGGGUAGAUAGACUGGUGGCGGAAGACUCAACGACGCCAAACACUCCAAAUGGGAAGACAGGUGCAAGUAAGAAGUCGUCGAAGUCGGAGUUGAAAAUCCUGUUAAUAAUGCUUGGCCUGAUAGCAACUGCAGGGUUUGCAGUUUUCUUGUACAAGGUGUGGCAAAGAAAAAAGAGAGAGGAGCAACAUGCCCGGCUCCUGAAGCUCUUUGAACAAGAUGACGAUCUUGAGGUUGAACUGGGAAUGCGGGAUUGAUUGAGAUAAUUGGAUUAUACUUUUAUGUUCUUGUCCAGCUUUACACAAUCAUUACUAGAAGGACUGGAUAUUAUUGUAAAUGUAGCGUGCCUCUCCUCUUUAGCUUGGAAUCGUAUCAUGGCGCUUGACUUGCUUGCUUGAAUGAGGCAAUUGUUUUUGUUUUCAA